AUGUCCAUCACCGAGGUGAUUCAGCCGGCCAUCUACCCUUCAUUCGCCGCUGCCGCUGCUGCCUCGACUUCGGGCUCUAGCUCCAGCUUCAGAACCAUCUCGAAACCCAUCGCAGCCAGUCUUUCCUCACUCUCGUUACCCCUAUCUACUUCGACAACAAUAAAGAUGCCCAUCGAUCCACAAGCUCUCAAGCAGGACUUUGACGCCAGUGUCGACAAGAUGCGCUUCGCGACCAAUGCGCCGACGCCCGGUGGUGACAUCGUGCUCGGAUCUGGAUCCGCGUCGCUGCAGAGUUCUCCGUCGCAGGCGAUGCUCAUGAACGGCGGAGGUCGCGCCAGCAGCAUACCCGGCUCAAUGAUGAUGAACGAUGCGAUGACUGGUGGACCCAUCAACGCGAAUGAUCCUUCCAACUACGGUCCUGGUGGCUUUGGCGGUGCCGCGGCGUCGUUCAUUUCGCCCAACGUGCCCGAGAUGCAGCAGCAGCCGUUGGGCGCUUUCGGUCCAGCUUCGCCAUUCUUCGGUGCCGCGACUCUUCCACCGCCACCACAAGUCGGCAGCUUUGGUGGGUCUCCUGCACUCUCGUCGAACGGCUUCUCGAGCCCCUUCCUCGGCCAACCCGGUCAGGCAACGUUCGAGGGCCACUCUACACCGCAGCAGCAGCAGAAUCAAAACCGCCGAGGUGUGGCGCAGUCGACUAGCCCCUAUGCCACGUUCGGAUCGCCGGCCCAUGCGAACGGGCCAACGCCGAACAAUGGCCAGCCUGGCUUCAACGCGACUGGCUUGAAUGGCUACGGCUCGCCCUCGAUGAUGGGGAUGAUGUCGCCGAUGAUGAGCAUGACCUCGCCUCAGCUUGGCGCUCCCAUUGCGAACCAGGGCGGCUUCAACUCGGGCCAGCCUAACAACUUCCCGAUGAUGCCUACGGCCAACAACCUCGCCAGUCUGGGCCACAGCAAUCUCAACCCUACGCCAACAGUAAGUGUCCUGCCCGAAAUAUUCAUCGAAUCUCCGACCCUAUGAUCCGCAAAGCUGACGUGCCUCGUUUCGCCUGAGCCCAAAGGGACGUACGGUCUAUGUCGGAAAUUUGCCCUCGGAUGCUUCGGUCGACGAACUGCUCAGCCUCAUUCGGUUUGGCCCCAUCGAGGCCGUCAAGAUCAUUCCCGAGAAAAGCUGCGCAUUCAUCUCCUUCCUCGACCAACUCACCGCCGCCGCAUUUCACUCGGACGCUGUCUUGCGUAAGCUGCGACUUCACGAGAAUGACCUCAGAAUCGGAUGGGGCAAGCCUACUGUCGUCCCGGCCAUCGUUGCUCAGGCGGUGCAGCAAUCUGGUGCGACCAGGAACGUCUACCUCGGCAACCUCGACGAGUCGACAACGGAGGAGAGCCUGCGCGACGACCUGUCGCGGUUCGGCCCCAUCGACCAGGUCAAGAUCGUCCGUGACAAGAAUAUCGCCUUUGUCCAUUUCCUGUCGAUCGGUACCGCCAUCAAGGUCAUCCAGGCUUUGAUCGCCGAGCCCGAGUACGCGGGUAAGCGAGUCUCUUUCGGCAAGGAUCGCACGGCGUACGUUCCGAGGAGUCAACAACAACAGGCGCAGCAUAACCUCGCAGCCGCAGCUAUGGGCCAGAUGGCGGCCAACUAUGGUAUGUACAGUGCCUUUGGCUCGCCUCACUUCCCCGAUGGUGUUGGCUCUCAAACGCUAGGCAGUGACCCCAACGGCGUCCCUGGCAACCGCACCAUCUACCUCGGCAACAUCCACCCCGAUUCGACGACGGAGGAAAUCUGCAACACGAUCCGGGGAGGCAUCCUGCAACAAGUGCGCUACAUCCCCGAGAAGCACAUUUGCUUCAUCACCUUUGUCGAGCCGCAGUGCGCACUCGCAUUCUACCAGCAUGCGUCGUACCAGGGCCUCGCUCUGCACAACCGUCGCCUUAAGAUCGGCUGGGGCAAGAACUCGGGGACGACGCCGCCUGGAAUCGCCAUGGUCGUGCAGUCGGGUGGAUCGCGCAACGUCUACGUCGGCAAUAUCGAGGACUUUGAGCGCUUCUCUGAGGAGCGACUGCGGAAGGACUUUGGCGAGUACGGCGAUAUUGAGCUCGUCAACUUUUUGCGUGAGAAGCAAUGCUGCUUUGUCAACUUCACCAACAUCGCCAACGCCAUCAAGGCCAUCGAGGGCAUCAAGGCGAACCCCGAGUACGCCGGGAUCAAGAUCAGCUUCGGCAAGGAUCGGUGCGGUGGACUGCCUCGUUCGUACCCGUCGACGCAAAGUCGCGUUCGGCACCAUCACCACCACCACUACCACCCUCAGCAAGCUCCACUGCCAGGCGUAGGCUCGCCUUCGGUCGGCGCAGGCCACGACGGUUUCGACACCUCGGCGAUGCCUCACUCGUCGGGUCUCAUGCUCGAGGAUGGCGCGAAUCAGUCCGUCGCCGUCGCAUAAGCCUGUCCUUUCGGUUCCCUUCGUUGUUGGUUCGCACACACGCAUCUGUUCGCUCGGUCGUUCGUCAGCUCGCAAGUUUCUCCUUCCUCUCUCCCAUAAGCCCGUGGCGAAUUCCCCUUCUCACUCUCCCCGCGUUUGUUUUCGCGUUCUCGUCCACUUUCUCGGGUCUUUUCGCUUUCCCACUUUCGGUAGAUAUCUAUAACCCCCUUUUUCUUGGGUUCGUCUGGGGCUUCACUUCAUGGUUCGCGCCUACCUCUGUCCAGUUUGUCCGGUUUGUCCUCUUGGCCAGUGCCCUCUCUGCCGACAAUUUUCUUCAGCCUCAUUUGAAAACAGAAUUCUGGGGAGUAGUUUUCUUUAACUACUGGUUUCUCGUCUUUUGCUCCUUUCUUGCUCUUGUACUCUCCUGCAUGGUCACCCCAAGACACUCGUUCACCCAUCUCCUCCCGAUGUGCUCGCUGCUCAGAUCCUGCCCCUGAACAUCGGAAUUCACACUCUCACAACUCCUCGUACCACCUGGCACACUGAUUUCUACCACUUGCUGUGGUGUGCGGGAGAGUUCCCACCGGAAUGACCGAUCGAGCUGUUCGAAAGACAAACUGCACUGGAGGCAGCUGGAGGCAGCUGAAGCUAGCUGGAGGCGAGCUCGGGGGUGGGCCCCAGCAGCGGCGCUGUAUGCUGCCUGCUGGCUUCGCUUACCCCACAUCCACGCCAGUUCGACCGCGGUCGACUGAGGCUGCCUACGCGCCAUCCAGAUCGGCAGACGACGCGGUCGACUGAGUCACAUCUAUCGAUCGCACUGUGCGCACCUCCGACAGUGAGUGACUGUGACCACUCGUGUACCGGUCAAGUGUGCGCUGCUGACGUGCCCGACCCACCAUGUGCCCCGGCUGGCCCUCCGUAUGACGUUCGCCGUCCCGUCCACCGCGCAGUGGAUACAUACCCGAGCGAGUUCAUCAGCCAUCUUCAUCCGCUGCUAUUCGCUGCUGGACUGGGACCGGCCGUACCAGCGACUGCUCCGACCCAUCCACCGGGACCGUCAGCCGCAGCUGCCCCGCCAACGAAUGGCGUCGCAGGAUCCACUGCACCCUCGGUGGCCUCACCAUCACUUUCGAAUGGAGACGAAACAUCUUUAGCAUCGUCAGAUCCGUUUGUGAGGCUCGUGGCGUCGUUGAGGAAGGCGUUUCAGGCAAGGAAGGGCUGGGGAAUCUGGGACAACACUCGGGGAGCUCAUCACGACUUUCACGCCGUAUUGGUCGACAAGGUCAGUUGCGAUAAACGUCAAAGUGCAUUCUGAUUGCCCUGCAUAUGAUUGAACUCGGAUCUGUUCGCUUGUGUUUGUACAGAACGUUCGUUUUCCUCCCAUCAAGGCUCGACCGGUCUCGGUACCUCCGGGCACACCGAUCCCUCCGCUGCAUUCGCCCAUCUCACCGCUGUCCCCUUCGUCUCCCUUGUUUCCCGACGGCAUCAUGGCUCCGAUAUGGAUCCGAAAGCACCGCGAGAUGAUCCCCGCCGUCUUUAUCCUCGUACUGCGCAUUCACGAAUACGAUUAUGCCCAAGACGCUGGCCCCCUCGAUGCUGCCAAGGCCAAGGACGACGAGGAGCGUCCCCACGAUACGGAGCUCGUCAAAGAGAUCCUGGACCGCAAACGACUUACAAGCGAACGAGGCAUCAAGCUUGCCGUCGUGCUACUGUGCUCUCGACGAUUGCUCGACGAUCCUGCGCUCGAUCAACGGCUCUCGCUCAUUCGGAGGCAGUCGGGCCUCGACUCGAGGGCGUCCUUAUUCGUCAUCUCGCCCGUUCCUCAAGCCGAGGUGACCAAUUUUGUUCAAAGUCUGCGCGAAGAACUGUUCCCCGCCGCAUUGGACUACUAUCGCGAGCAUGGGAGGAGGGUCCGGAGAAAGCGAGCGAGGCAGAUGCCCAAAGGCGGUCUGAGCGACAAGGGUUGGAGCGUGCGGUACGACUACAAAAUGGCCUUCUUCUCCGAGAUGCGAGGCGAGACCGAGGUUGCUCUCAAGUGAGUCUCCUAGACAGGCUAGGGCCCUCACAGAUGUCAGGACUUGAGCUGAGAUGGGAUCCACACAGGCACUACGAAGACUGUUACAAUACUCUGAUCGGAAUGUUUGCAAACAGCACAUUACUCCCUCCACGAACAAAACGAUGGGCCGAAGCAAAAGUGUUGGCAGAUUGCACAAGUGUGAAGGUGAGCUAGAGUCGCGCUACUGUCUCGACUUGCAGAGCUGACCGUUACUCGUCCGUGAGCAGGUGGCCAAGAUGCACAUGUAUCUCAAUGAAACUUCUCUGGCCGUUGCUCAGCUGAACAGGCAUGUCGCAACCUUCCGCGAACUGAGCAAUACUUGGGGCAUUGGGGACAAGACCUUCGAAUUUUGGAGCUGGCAGUCGAAGCAGUAAGCUCGUUCACCCCUAGGCCCACCCUUGGAAAUGUCUGGCUCAUAACUCUGCUCCUCGACGUCUAGAUAUCGCCUGUUUGGCGACCUCGUUGCCAUCGGCAUCAGAAACGGGUUCCGUCUACCCCUCUUGCGACCGGUACCAUCCUCACGCGUGCUGCCUCCAGGUGCUCCCCCACCACCUACUUCGGUGAUGAUGCCAUCCAACGCACUCCAACACCCAGGGCACUACUUCUUCUUGGCCGCAGGGUGCGCCAUCGAACGUUGGGAACGGUUUAAGGCCGUGAAAACGGCUUAUGAAGCUGCUCGGGAUGCCGGUGCCGUCGCCCCGAUACCGGAAGGGGGGAAAAGACCGCCACCGCUGGCGAUGGGGCCGGCCUUAACGCAUGAAUCGAAGGUGGAUCAUGCUGAUGUUAUUAUUGAGGUGCGCACGAUUCUUGCCUCAUUCACUGAAAUCUGUUCUCUGACGAAUGUCACGAGCCGCUCAUGCGUACAGCUGUACACGAAGGCAUACGAGUUCUUCAAAGCCCACAAGACGAAGAAUAUGACGUUCUACGUCGCCUCGCAGAUCGCCUUGACGCACUAUGAAGCUGGGAACCACGAGAUGGCGCUCAAGUAAGCCUUUACACCGGGACUCAGGUCACUCUUCCAAGUCAAUGUGCUGACCCUUUCGUUCCGCAACUAGAUUCAACGACCGGAUCGCCAAGAACUACAGGAAAGACCGAUGGUCCGGUAUGCUCGAUUCGAUCCUGCAGCUUUCGCUGUAUUCGGCGCAGCGAAUAGGAGACUGGGAGUCCGCGAUCCGGUGUUGCUUGGAGUUGAUGGCUCCGAGUCAGUUCCUGGGCGGGCAGCCGCGCAUUGACAUGAUCUGCGUACUGAGCUUCUGCAUCUUUCCCACAGCGUCGCAUAUCACGGUCGAUGAACGCGAUCGGUACUCAGCCUUGGCUUUGGAGAUGAUGCAGGUGAGAUACGGCCGAAUGGUGUCUCUGUACUUAAAGCUUCAGUUGGCUGAUUAUGUGGGUCCCACGUAGACACGUGCCCCUGCAUCGCCGGGGAAGUCGGCGCUCAGCUUCGGACCCGCCGACUCAGCUCCUCUGUGUAAGCCCAAUUCGCACAGGUGUUGCCUUGAUUUGGCUGAUCAUUCACCUACUUUCUCAGUUCAUUGUCGCCUCGCUUUUUGGAGAGCUUCCGUCGACAUUCGGGAUGCUGCACCGUUCCAGCUCGUGCUCGAAGCGCCAACAAGCUCAAGAUCCUCGGCCUUUAUCUUCUCCGAGUUGGUCAUCAGCUUCACCGGCGGCGUGGGACCCAUCAUUGUCUCUCAUUCAGGCGUGGAGACUCCCUCAAAAUCAUCGACUGAAGUCAUUCGGUUGCUCGACGAGGGCGAUGCUCGCCUGGAAGCUGAUCUGUGUUGGCGAGAUGGAAGCACGAAGACAUUUGAAGGCGUGGUCACGGCGAAUGAAUCAUGUGAACUCACAGUGAGUUGUAUACGUGGCUUUCGAGGCUUGCUGGUCACUGACGAGAGAUGGUCGUGGUCGUCCUAGGUGUCUGACGUUGUCUUGAAGACCAAAAUUGGCGAAUGGGAUCUCUCGUUUGCCCUCCAGCCAGAAGUGCCCCCGACGACCUCGGCAGAGUGGUUUCUCAGCUCCACGCAAAGGGUGUCGCUCUCGCAUCUUCAGUCUGGUGUAUGCUCGUAAGUCGACUCUUUCCACUUGUGAAGUUCAAGGACGCUGAUACUCGUAACGUUCUCCCAGGGUGUCGGCGCGCAAGCUUCGUCUCGACUUUUCAAUCGAACAUCACUCACCAGCCUACGUCGGCGAAGUGUAUCCCGUGCACAUCGAAUUCGUGAACGAAGACGAGUUUGAUAUCGAUGUCUACCUCGACAUACUAUUGCAACCGGGUGAAGAUGAAUCUCGUAGGUGUCCCCCUCUCGCCGCAAUCCUCUCAGAUGUGCACAUAAAGCUAACGGGACAUUGUUCCGCAACUCCAGCCAACCGCAUCCUCGUUGACGAAGAAUGGUCUCUCUCGUUCAUCAAAGGUAUCUCACUCGGUACCAUUACGCCAAAGACUCGUCUGCGAAAAACCAUGCACCUCGAAUGUGUCGGCGCAGUAGGUGACCGGCUACUAGAUCUGUCUGUCCGGUCCAUUGCAUCUAGCUUGAAGACGCCACCGGUGGCUGAGGUCCCGAGCGCACCAGAGAAUGGCAUCAUCGAGCCUGCUCCCCCCUCAAACAACUUCACCGAGCUGCUGCGGAGCAUCAUCAUCCCCGCCGUCGCCCCCCUGCGCAGCGCAUUCCAAGUCAUGGUCCAUCAGGAGCGAAAGGCCCUGAAGCCCUUGUUGGAUUUGGCACCGCCGAGCGAAUGGGAUGCGGCUAGCGAUGUGACCGUUGUAGGGACCAUACACGCCGCUGGACCGUGGGAUUUGGAGAUGACGAGUUUGAAGCUCGUUUCGGAGGUGAGUCUUGUGGGGCAAGACUGAUGAUCACGAUCGGAGACUGAACCGCUUCUGCUACAUUCGUCAGCGGACUGGCGGUGUUCGGGUCGUCCAUUCGUCGCUCACACAUUUGGACAAGAAUGUCUCACUCGAUUGGAACGCGAGUGAUCUGUUCAACUGCCUUUUCCAACUCGAGGUGGCGUCUUCACAUACACCCCAUGCAUCGUCAGCGCCUUUCAUCGAGGCGUACUGGCGCCGGCGGAGAAGUGCAGCCGCCGUCAGCCGAACUCUUCUUCCUCUGCCACCAUUGGAACCCGUCAUGCUCGAGCCGGCUGUGACGCUCUCGUUCCCAGCUACUCUGCGUCUCCACGAGCUGACAACAAUGCGGUACAAGUUCUCUAACCCGACCAAUCGCGUCACCACGCUUUCGUUCACCGUCGAGGGAGCCGAACCCGGGACGUUCACCUUUGCUGGACCGCGCAAAUACCCGUCCCUCGUUCUCGCACCCGACGAAGAGAGGACCCUCGACAUGGUCGUCGUACCCCUUGUGGUCGGACCGUGUGCCCUUCCGAGGAUGCGAGUCUUCCACCACGAACGCGUGCCCCUUGCACCCGAAGAUCAACUAAACGAGAGGGAAGCACGUCUCGAUCCCUCCGCACCGAGGGAAUCGGCACGCAGGGCUCGUGAACUGAAGGUCGUCGCCAAGACGACUGUGCACGAGAUCAAGGAUCCGGCCCAGGUGCUGAUGGAAGAGGAUUUGAGAGCCGCGAGAGGCGGGGAUCGCCUAGAUGAUGCGAUUGGAAAUCCACCACCUCCGCCGUUCGUAGUCAUGGUCUUGCCAAGAUGA